GAGAGAGAGAGGGAGAGAGAGAGGAGAGAGAGAGCAACUGGGAUCUUCGUCUAAUAAUAAACACUGAGACGCCGUCUACUGCAAUUCUUGGCACGACCACGAAUUAUAAUUUGAAGGAGAAAGAAGAAAAUGACGGAUUUCUUUUCUUAUUUAUUUACUCACUUGACUGAGGAAGCGAUGUGAAUUGAUUCUCGCACAGUUAAUUGCUGUUGGUGAUUAAUAAUAAUAUUAACAGAAAAAAACUGGUGACAGAUAUUUCAUAAGCAUAACGACAUUAUAAAUAUUGAUAAUCACAUUGACAAUAACAGCCGCGUUAGAGAUGGUGCCCGGCACCCCCGCAGCCAUGCUACCAGCACAGGACGCUGCGAAGAUUUACCAAACGAACUACUUGAGGAAUUCCCGGGCGAUCGGAGUCCUGUGGGCGAUUUUCACCAUCUUAUUCGCCAUCGUUAACGUGGUGUGUUUCAUAGAGCCCUACUGGAUCGGGGACGGAGUGGACACGCCGCAAGCCGGCUACUUCGGCCUCUUCCACUACUGCAUCGGGAACGGGAUCUCCAGGGAGCUGACGUGCCGGGGCAGCUUCACCGACUUCGACACCAUCCCCUCCGGCGCCUUCAAAGCGGCCUCGUUCUUCAUAGGGAUGUCCAUGGUGAUGGUCAUCACCUGUAUCGUCUGCUUCACCCUCUUCUUCUUCUGCAGCACCGCCACUGCCUACAAGAUCUGCGGCUGGAUGCAGCUGACGUCCGCAGCCUGUCUGGUGCUGGGCUGUCUGAUCUUCCCUGAUGGCUGGGACUCUGACGAGGUGAGGCGCAUGUGUGGCGAGCACACAGACAAGUAUACCCUGGGGGCGUGCUCCAUGCGCUGGGCCUACAUCCUGGCUAUCAUGGGGAUCCUGGAUGCACUCAUCCUGUCCUUCCUCGCCUUCGUCCUGGGGAACCGGCAGAACAGCCUGCUUCCAGACGAGCUGCUGGCCGACACCAAGGAUAAUGGAAAUGCUUAACACAAGGCAAGGUCUUGUUGCCGCUCAGUAGAUGGCAAUCAUGAAGCUUUUUUACCCAUCACCCAGAGGGGGGGAGGCAGGCCGCGGCUCUGGAGAGCUGAGAGUGAGAGAGCAUGAGAGAGCCACCACUCUCCCAGGCUUUAACAACAGCACCCCCUGCAGGUGACUGUCAACAGCCCACCCAUCAUUGAGACCAGCAGGCUUCCACACUGCAGGAGACAGCAAAUACUUAGAGCUGACUUUGUAUAGCGUAGCGUUAGAUCAAUGUGAAAAAAACUAAAACAAUUCCAAAACAACGACCAUUACACCAGUGUGAUAUCAUGCACAUUACAGACUUUGAUAUAUGUAAACAAAAAAAAGAAAAGAUAGCAUUCACUACCCUGCAUUUACUUCUCAGUUUUGAAUUAGCUGUCUCUCAGAUCCCCAGUACAGUGCUGAGAUCUCUAUGCUGUACAGUAUUGAAUGUGCUGGCUCUCAGAUCCACAGUACUGAGUUCUCUUUACUGUACUGUAUUGAAUGUGCUGCUCUCAGAUCCCCAGUAUAGUGAUCUCUAUGCUGUACGGUAUUGAAUGCGCUGGCUCUCAGAUCCCCAGUAUAGUGAUCUCUAUGCUGUACGGUAUUGAAUGCGCUGGCUCUUAGAUCCCCAGUUCAGUGCUGAGAUCUCUGUGCUGUACAGUAUUGAAUGUGCUGGCUCUCAGAUCCCCAGUAUAGUGAUCUCUAUGCUGUACGGUAUUGAAUGCGCUGGCUCUUAGAUCCCCAGUACAGUGCUGAGAUCUCUAUGCUGUACUGUAUUGAAUGUGCUGUCUCUCAG